AUGGCUCUUAUUGCUCUCAGAGUUGCAUUGUCUUGUCUUGUUUUUCUAUCUUGUGUGUGCUCACAUGAAUGCCUCCCCCCGCCGCCGUGCUACUACCUUGUGAGAGUUAAGACAGGAAAUGUACAGGAUGCAGGAACCGAGUCCGACAUCAGCCUCAUGAUCAACUCCUCCCAUCCCGGCAGAUACUUUACCGUCUACAACCUCCAAGGUUGGGGUAUAAUGGAUUCCGGUCACGCCUCCUUCGAGCGGGGCAGCCUCGACAUCUUCAGCGGCACAGGCCCUUGCUUCAAUGGCGACGUUUGCGCCAUCACUUUAAUCUCCGACGGGACAGGGCAAGCCCCAGGGUGGUACUUGGAAUACGUCGAAAUCACCAUCUUUGAAUGCUACGAUGCUACCAAGUUAACAUUCCCGGUGAACCAGUGGCUGGCUCAAGGCAAGUCCUAUCAUCUCCAUGCCAACGUCAACUUUAUGCUCCCACGACUUCUUUAG